UCUUUCAAACCCACAGCCAUUUGUGGGUAGCUAAUGCUACAUAUUAGACGGAGACCGAACAUCAUAAAGUUGUCAUUUUACACUUUACAUUUAUGAAAAAUAUGUUCCUCUGGAUGCUCCUGCCAAUUUCUCUCUCUUUGGUCUCCUUUAUUGGAACAUGGGCCAUAUAUGGCCUGGCCUACUCCAAUCAGCAUGUGUGUUCACUCGGUGACUGGACGGGUGACAACUUCUGCACAGGCAAUCUUACCCCCGGGUGCUGCAAGGUUCCCACCCUAAGCACAAGCGGCACAUACGCUCCGGAGAAUUCACUUUUUACAGCGACCAUCAACGCCGCAUCCUUUCUGUUUCUGGUCUUCGUUGUAUUCCACCAUGCCCACAUCCUGGAGAAGCACGCAUGUUACUCCAAGCUCAGCAAGCUGGCGAUGGUCUUCGGCGUGGCGGCGUCCUUGGGGGCGUUCGCCGCCGGGAAUUGUAACCCCGGCUACCUGAAGGUGUUGCACUACGUGGGAGCCGCCAUGAGUUUCUUCUGCAUCUGCUUCUACACAACUCUACUGACGGCCCUGACCAGCCGAUGCCAUCUAAGUGGAUACGAGAAGGUUCUGUACCCGGCACGCGUGUUCUCCACCGUGCUGCAAACCGUCGCCACCAUCUGCUAUACGUUCUUCUUCGCCCACCACGAGUACCACUACGUUCAUUUGUCUGCGGUAUUCGAGUGGAUCCUCAGCGUCAACCUGGAACUCUUUGAGCUCAGCUACGCCGCGGAGUUUUGUUUCUUCUCCACGUAUAUGCUUUCAAAUCUGUACAGCAAACCAGAGGAGGAAAUGCCUUUUAUACUGACCCUGUCCUGAUACGCAGUACACGUGAACUUUGAGAAUCUGUGUACUUUUGUACUGCGUACUACCACAAAAACAACUGAAGCACCUGCUAUUCCAUACUAGGAAAGCCGUCCAUUAUGUUGACGCACAAAUAAACACACCUACACCGACUCAGAAAUGUGGAAUGUGUUCAAAUCCUCUCAUUCAUAUCCGAAAGCCCCACUUCACAGUAAACGGGAGGAAUCUGGUGUGACCGCAUUUUUUUUUUUUUUUUUUACAACAUGGCGGGUGUUCACACUCGGGAAGACGUCACCGCUUGACAUCCUUCCAAAGGCGGGUACAAUUAGUAGUUGAUGAGUCAAACUUAAAGAAAAAGUGUGCUUCUUUGUAAUAGGGAGGUGCUGGUGUUGUAAUGAAACGUACCCAUGCCUAGCGAAGGUGUGGUGAAGCUAGUCGCUAGCCGGUGUGAUGUGGCAAGGUGUCACUAUGCCAGUAACUUAGUUCUUGGGCGUGACGAUGUAAUAAUAACAACAAUGUGGCUUGGUUAGUAUGCAGGUGAUAUUAUGGGAUGGAGCGUUCUUGGUGCUUUCUUAGCUACCUAGUUUUAGCUGUUUGUAUAUCUUUCGAAAGCACAGACAAGGAAAAGAUGCGUUCCUAUCCCACAUAAGUAUUGUAGUAGAUGAGCGUACGUUUGUUUGAUUAAAAUAGAGUGGUCAGUGGUUAGUGUCACAAGACAAGACGAUACAGGAGAUUGGGUCAACAACAGGGGUGGGCAAACUUCGGCCCGGGGGCCACAUGCAUGCAUUUCCAAAGUGGUGAAACAGGCGGAGUGGCGGAGUGGAUGGUUGAAGUGUAGCUUUUCACAUGCAGCGACAAAGACCUCACCCAUGGUGCAAAAUAGAUGCUUCUUAGCCAUCUUGUUUUAGCUGUUUGUAUAUCUUUCGAAAGCACAAACAAGGAAAAGAUGCGUUCAUAUCUCACAUAAGGAUUGUGGUAGAUGAGCGUAUGUUUGUUUGAUUAAAAUAGAGUGGUUAGUGUCACAAGACAAGACGAUAUAGGGCAUUGGGUCAACAACAGGGGUGGGCAAACUUCGGCCCGGGGGCCACAUGCAUGCAUUUCCAAAGUAGUGAAACUUGUAACAUACCAGCAGGCGGAGUGGAUGGUUGAAGUGGAGCUUUUCACAUGCACCGACAAAGGACCUCACCCAUGGUGCAAAAUAAACACAAAUAUAUGACACAUGACUUCGCCUAGCAACUCGAAGUCCAGGUCUUAUUUUUCAUAAUUAAUGUUGCAUAUCACACAUCCUUUACUCAUGUAAGGUACAUGAGUAAUGUCUUCCUCUGUUUAAAAAAAGGAAUUUUCUUUAUUGAUGGGACCUAAUGCUGCGU